UCCACAGCCAUAUCCAUAUAUCCAUCGGAGAAGUCCUGUGCCACACGGUUACAGAUGUCUCUUACUAAGCCUUCACAUUCUCAUCCUGGUCCUCGGGGACACCGUAAAGCCUAGCCCCCACCUUCUCCGGAACGCUCUGCUUCCGAUAAGCGCUCUUGCAUGUCUGUAAUGGUCUUCUACUGUGCAGUGCAUUUCUCAGAAGUAGCCGUUUUUGCAAGUUUAAGCUCUUCGAUACUCUUGUAUGCAUGACUCAGAGAGGUUGUUUUCGCGUAUCAUUUUCUCCAGACCAUUGGCUCUUUCGUUUAUCUUUGCAGAGACAGCAUCGACUAUGUUGACCUGUAGUUCGCGCAAAGAGAAUUAUGUCUUUCUCUUUUUGGGUACAGGGCUAUUGACUGGAUUUUCAGAAUCAACCGAAUGUCCAGAAUCCUCCAUUGCUUCUCCCGAGGAGUCAGAUGGCGUGUUUUCUCCAAUGUAUGAGUGCUCAGCUAGAAACUGCCUUCUCUUUGCUCUUUCGCACAUUUUUUCCUUCCAUUUCUCAAAGUUUCAGAUCAAAUUAGCGGUCAACUAAGCGUUGUUCUCUAUUGUGUUUACUAUAAGCCAAGUUCUGUUAACUUUUAUCCCUCUCAUACGUACUUAAAUGUAAGGUUACUCGGAGCAAGCUGAAAUCUCGUCUGCACUCGCCGCCAUCUUCAGCACCCCCAGUCUUGCGAUGUUGCUCACCUAGGUUUGGAAAUUCUGCUUCACAUAGUAUUCAUGGUAUUCACAGGGUGCUUUGUACACCAAAAUGUCAGUCGGAACCGGUCCAGACCCGCACUUAAUUUCUAAGAAAUAAAGUAAUGAAAGUUGAAUUGAAAAUGAAAUUAUUUGCCUUUAUCGUUUCUGUAUGCUUGUCUAUAUGUGUUAUUGCAAAGACGAGACAGACAUUUACAGUGCUUGCGUUCGAAUGGUAGAACGUUCAGAUACGUUUUUAUUUCCCGCCACCGGAGCAACACAUUGUGGUUGUCAUGGCAACGUUGUAUGGUAGUAGUGCAUGUCCACUAAGGAGAGUGAAAAGGGAAAUAAAUCGUUGUCGGUAGUGCCUGUGGGUAAUCGGUGUAUUUUUAUUUUUUCCUAGCUGUCUCGUAAAAUUGUUUCUAAACUUUGCAUAUUGUGGAGGUGAACAAUCCAUUUAACCGGGAACGUUUACUGCACGAUUUAUUUAUUUUACUAGGCAAGUCAGUUAAGAACAAAUUCUUAUUUUCAAUGACGGCCUAGGAACAGUGGGUUUAACUAGCAGAACGACCUUGUCAGCUCGGGGGUUUGAACUUGCAACCUUCCGGUUACUCGUGCAACGCUCUAACCACUAGGCUACCCUGCCGCCCCGGCAGCAUUAUGCAUGCGGAUAGAAUGACCUGUUGUUAUUUGUUAGUCUAGCUAGCUACUAUGUAGCUAAGUUAGCCAGCCAGUUAAAAAAACUGUCGUGUUGCGAGCUAACCGUAUAGUUUAGCUAUGUCAGGCAACAGUCUUCCGCCUGUGCGAAAUCUACCCCACUGGUCCCGCGUUGGAUGUCUUGACAAGCCUUGCUUUCCACUACCACGUCCUUUCCCGUUUAACCACCUUGAACCGUUGUCCGAUUCACCCCGAGGGGACAUGGAUACUCGCGUUGCAUCGCUUCAGAGGAAUAUUCAGUUCCUGCAACUACAGCACAAGGACACUCUUCAGAAGCUACACGGUGAAAUAGAUGACCUCAGACGGGAAAAUAAAGAGCUGCAGUAUAAGCUGAUCAUGGAGCCUUCAAAGUCUUGCAGAAAAGGCCUACCUAUUGGGGAAGGUAUUUCUUUAGGAUCAAGCCACUGGAGCACAAGGCCACCGACACAGGGCAGUGAGGCUCAGAGAGAGAGAGUGAUCUACCUGGAGCAACCUUUACAAGACACAUGCCCAUCUCGAGACCCAUGGCUCAGCAGUAUAGCGGGGGACGGUUGUGUGGCUCACGCCUACACUGAGAACACUGGAGUGGCAAAGCUUGAACACGAGUCAGAGUUGAGGGGAGGCCUUAUCACCUCUCUACAACCCCUCCGGAUCCACAGCAGCCCAUCCCAUCCCCCCCGACCCCCCACCCUUCAGGAAUGUGAGGUUAUCAUACGGCAGCUCUACAACGCCAACAGCCUGCAGUCUCAGGAGAUUAUACGUGUGAAGGCUGUCCUCCAAGACAUUGUGUUCAACAAGAAAAUCACUCCUGAGAACUACAUCAUGACAAAGGCCUACCUUGCUGACAGCACCAGCAAGGCAGAGAAGUUUCCCCAACUAGCACUUCAACCACUUCCCAAGAGAAUGUCUGGGAACCAGGCAGGGGUGACAGAGAGGGUGAUCCUCCCAGCCCUCAAACAGCACCUGAGCUCCAGCAUCGCAGAGAGGCAGAAAAGGACCCAGGCUGUACAGAGGAGCAGGCUGAGGAGAACAGUGCAUUGAGAGGGACAAAGAGUACAGCAGGCCAGCCAGCACCACAGAACCAAAGCCUCUUUAAAUAAGAUCAGAACCAGCUCCUAUUAUGGCCAUUGAAGGACUUAAAUUACCACUGAAUGAAUGUUAACAGUACCUGUCAAAAGUUUGGACACGCCUACUAAUUCCAGGGUUUCUUUGUUUUUACUAUUUUCUACAUUGUAGAAAUACAUCUACAUUGUAGAAAAUAGUGAAGGGAAAAGGGGAUACGUAGUC